GAGCGAUACGAGCCAUUGGCUCAUGGUCUCAACAUCCACCUUCUCCUCCGUAACAGUUGUAGUGACAGAUUCGGUCGCCGGCGCAAUGGCCAGGGUAACCGGCACACUCCUCUUCAUCUCCUCAACCAGCAGCGCAGUCGUGACCUCCAACUCAAUCGACGACCUCGACGACGCCGGUCCCGAGGAUUGUUUGCGGGGUUUAGUGGUCGUACUCGCAGUAACGGACACAGAAGUCGAUGACGAAGAAGGCGUCGAAUUGUUUCGAGAAGAUCGACGGCGUGUUGUGCGGAGUGUCGGCGGAUCAGAGGCUCCGGUAGCGAAGAGGAUGGGUUGGGAUACAACUGGGGAUAGGGUCGUUGCCAUUGUCUGUUGAGGCAAUUGCGAUUGCUGUCGUUUUCGAAAAAAUGUAGUCGUAGUUCGUGGAUCGUAGAUCGUAUUCAGCUGUCACGGAUCAAUCGCUGUGAACUCUCUCUCAGCAGCUGGAACAGUCACUGCACGGUGUUGUGGUCACAA